GUUAAUUAGCAUGUUUUGUUUUUUUAUUACAUGAGUACAUUGCAACUAAACACACUGAAAAUUCAUAUAAAUUACAUUUAUAUUUAUUUUACUAUACGGAAAUUAGGUACUUACCAUAAGUAAUACUUGACUGUAUUUUGACUAACAUAAGGUUGGUUUUCCAUUGUUUCAGGCAAGUCGGGGCGUGCGCCGGUUUGAUGGGGCGGUGACCCAGCAUGAGCCGCGCGCCGCUCGCCGCUCUGCUGCGGCUGCUACUCAUAGCAGGCGGUGCCCACUUUGUAAAUCCAUACGUGAGUGAAGAUCGUGUUGAUCUAAACCAAGUAUGGGUGGAGAUACCUUCAACGCUGGUGGCGUUAGGGGGCGACGUGCACAUCCGCGUGCACGGCGCCUCCGGCACCAGCCUCAAGGUCCGCAUCGCUCGCGAAGACGACGACGGCCGAGCCCUCCUCGCUACCAUGCCACUAGCGCUGGACGCCGAGAACCGCAUGACACUACCCUGCGGCUACUUCUCAAGAGGAGGCACUUACUACCUCGAACUCAUAUCUGAUAAGGAUACAUACUUACCCGAUUACGAUAAUACUACAGAAUUAAAACGUGAUGAUGAUUCUCAUACGAAAAUAAAGAGAGACGUUAGUGAAGGCAGUCUGAUGGAGACAGGGGAUAGCGUGGUGAAGUCAUGGAAGUUUGACGUGUUGUGGCCUACAGCAAACCUGGAUGUUACUCCAGAACAGAUUCAGACGUACCCUGAGAGGCAGGUGAUGGCUAUAUUGGAGUUUCCGAGGGUGGUGUGCACUCCUAUAGAGUCGAGUGCAGAUUUCUGGCUGGAGUUGCUCUACUGUGGGCAUUCGAGUGGAGGGGCUGUGCUGUGUGACGGAAAGAACACCAGCUCACAUGCGCAUGUCCUGUAUUCCGAACAGAUGCAUGGCUUCCCGGGUCGUCGCACGAUGACGCUGCGUUGCGAGCUGUUCGGCCAGGCGGGGGAUUACGCGCUCACACUGAGGCCGGCCGCAGCAGCCGGCCCGCAAGACCUCGCUACGUCCUUCAUCAAGGCGGACUGGUCGGAGCAGUUCGUAUUGAACGUCCACGGCGGCUCCGUCUUUCCCUGCGGCGACGGAGUCAGGGUGCUGUUCCAGUACCCUGAGUGCGUGCUGGAGGGGGCCGACAGGGUCCGGGUCUUCGGCAGAGACUCCGACAGGCUGCGGUACGUCGCCGAGAGGAGGGUGCGCAGAGGCCAGCACACAGCGUCCUUCGACUGUCGCUUGUUCAGCGAGCGCUACCCGGAGUACUGCUUCGUGUAUGUUUCACAAGCCGUCACUGGCGCAGUCGCUGACGUGAGGAUGGACUGUCUGCCAACACUGCCACUAUCAGAUGGCGGUGCUGGUGGUUGGGGUGCGUGGUCCGCGUGGUCAGCAUGCCCGGCACCAGCGCACUGCUCCACGCGCACACGCAGCCGACAUCGGUUCUGCGACUCCCCACCGCCGGCGUAUGGGGCGAAGUACUGCGAAGGUCAGGCAGUGGAGCUGGCGGCUUGUGAGUGUGCCGCUCGACCCUGGGCCGGAGAUUCUUCAAUGGUGGUGGCUGAAGUCGGUGCCAGGUGUAGAUGUGGCUGCGUGCUGCACCUAGCACCCGCUGCGAGACUAUUAGCUGGCUCAGCGAGGGCUUGCCCUUCCAGAUCAUUCUGGUUACUUCAGGCUGAAGAAGGCCUUGUGGUUCGUCUGCGUAUGGAAGCAGUUCGUCUACCUUGUGCAGGCCAGUCGCUGAGAGCUCGUGAUGGAGAUUCUUUGGGAUCCCCACUCCUAGCUUCCUGGGAUGGACCUGAUAGUACUGCCGUGACUUCUGGUGACGUGGAGACCACGACCGACGGUAGCGGUAUGAUGGAGAUAGCAGGAGGACGCCACAUCCUCGUAGAGCUGCGUUCUGGAGACACCAGCGACAAGUGUGCUGGAGGAUUCCUGGCGCACGCCACGCAAAUUGAGCCCAUACGUAACGCAUCGGCGGCAUGGGCGUCAGUGAGCGGUGGUCUGUGGUGGCGCAGUGGUGGUGGCGCUCGCGGGGCCGCUGUUGCUCUUGCAGCCGCCGCAGCGCUGGCCGCGCUCUGCCUCGCGCUGCACUCAGCACACCGAACCAGGGCUUACCAGCGAGCUGCCGAUAAGGAGUCACUUACCGACAGUGAUGCAUGUUCAGCGUCUUUGGAACUGGGGGGAGCAACGACUGGUUCCCGCAGUACUUUGCUAUCAGAAGUGGUCGGCGGUGGAGUGUCGCUGCGAAGGCUUUUACCUUCGGGGAAGACUAGACACACCAGGCUCAGGGACUCCGACAGGAACUCCGAGAAUGUAGAGCAGAGGGAUGAAGAAGACGCCGGCUCAGAUAACGAUGGAGACGCUAACGAUAACAUGAGCGUGGCCAGUAGCGACAGCGUGGCUAGCCAAGCUACCGUGACCCCUGAAACAGUAUCGUCGAGCAGUGCCCCGGUCACUGGCAACAUACCGCCCUCGCCUCUACGAAGGUCACAUACUGUAUCAGUGACGAAUGUAGCUGUGCCACAGAUCUCGUCGCCACCCCAGCAGUCGACAAGUGAUUCCAUGGCUGUGGAAAUGAGCACCAGCGUCAGCAGCAUGAGUGAGAGAGACAGCUGUAGCGAGAAAGACAGGGACAGCAUGUGGGACAAGGAUCGUAGUGAGAGCCGAGCAUCGUCGUCAACGUCGGCAGCUACGCUUACCAACGGUUGGUACUCACCUGCACUCAGCGGCGUGUCAGCGGCCAGGAUACGCGACAACCCCAAACACACCAAAGAGUCCUGCAACCGACGUCUCCUGAAGUCCGAUCUCAGUCUCACAUCACACCCAGAAAUGGAAAUCGACUACUAUGAUUACGAAGUUAACAACGCUGGUUCAGUUCCUGGCUCUUAUUUGGGAAUGGAUCCUGCUUUCCUCGUGUGGAUCCCACCACUUGAAGAUGGUGACAUUUUGAAAGAGCUAGAUGAGAACAACGCGCCCAUUUAUGAGGAGGUUCUGCCAAAAGAUCUUCGCCCAGAUCCUGGUAGCAACACGGAGUCCCCUGAAGACAGGCCAGUACCCAGCGGCUUGAAGAGAAACCCAGACAACCGCACCAACAGAUCUAACGAAUCCAUCAAGUCGAUUCGCAAAGUCAUCGAAAAGGGGAACAUAAUACACCCGCUCAACUUCAGUAUCAGUGACUUGCAAAAUUCACCCAAAUUGUCAAAGAGAAAUAAGAAGAAGAAGGCUGAAAGUCCUGUGACGAUACAAAUGAAAGAUUUGACCCUAACUCGGUCUCCGGUCAAGGUUCACAGAAAAGAGGUUCGAAGUGAAUAUGACACGUCAACUUUAAAAAGAGUGCACGAGUCGAAAGAAAAAGAUGCCGAUACACUAAAAAGGAGUGACUUCGCCGAUAUAAGAUUUGCAGAUGAAAAUUCAGAUUCGUCAAAUGAAAUAAAAUUUGCAGAUGAUUCACCAGAUAGCAAUAGGAUUGUUGAUAAAUAUAAUGUUAAAACGUAAGUUUUAGGAGACUUCAUUUCUAUACCACUACAAUCUUGAUGUUGGAAACUGAUAGAUAGAAUUACUAUGUACCCCUUACUAAUGGAAGUAAAGAUAAUUAUAUUUCUCCGAAUCCGAAAAUUUAAAUGAAUAUCAUUCCUUAGAUAUUUAAGUCGGUAUCGAUAUCCUGUGUAUAUUCUACUAUUUAAAGAUUACAAAAAUGUCUGGAUAAGUCUCGAAUACAACGAUCUUUACAAGUCAUCACAAAUCUUGUAAUUUUCUUAUUUUGAGAUGACGUUUGAACUGAAGUUUUAUAUUAUCAAGGGGUAUUUUUAUUUCAUUUCAAAUAUUACCGUUUCUCAUUAGUUGAAUGUAAGGACCAAUCUGUGAAUAAAUCCGACAUAUUAUAGCGCUCAUAUCAUCAAAUCGUAUUUUUCAAUGUCAUUGUACCAUUUAACCGAUAGGUAGUCACAUUAGAUCAUAGAGUUUUAUAAUCAAGAUAAUCGUUCGUAGUGUUAAUAGUAGACUUCACUUGCCAUCACAUAAUGUAACAUACUUGGAUUUUGUAAAAAGGAAUGAACAUAUUAGUAAGGUACAUAAAUCUCAUCGUUUUUAUUCGUGAAUGGGGUGGUAUAGCCAUUCCUGUUUUAUAAAUUCUAAGUAAAUGAAUGUACACGCAUUGUAUAAUAAUAUUGCAUUUUCUGAUUCUCAUACAGCAUUUAUCUUUUUAGUUUAAUCUUUAAAGUUACGUAGCUUUGCUCAUACUGCCAAAGUGUAGUUUGUAUACAGUAAAUUUCAGUCAAUGAUAUAUUAUUUUUAAAGAUUUAAUUAGAAGACUGACUACGGGCAGUGCAAUAAUUUUGAAACGACUGUUUGUCAGUAAAUUCUAGUCAUUUGUGUCAAAGAGCUUUAUGAUUUUAUUUUGAGUCUGAAAUGAAAACAUUUACGGAUCAUUUCAUUUUUAAUUAUACUAAUGAAAAUCGAACACAAAACGUGAAUAAUCAUGAAAUAUGAAAAUAUGAAUUUGAAUACGGA